AUGUCUCUUACUUUCUUACUACCACCAUCGAUAAGUGAUUUUACCCCUGAACAAUUAAGUGAAGUGUUGAAAUUGCGGAAUGCUACUGUUAGUUCAACUACAUGUCAAAAUACUUUGGAAGUUUUAAAUAGGUAUGUAUUUGAAUUAUUAUACCGGCCCGUGAUGCGAUUACCACUCGUUAUGCAUCAUCUCACCACAAUCGGGCUCGUAAUCUAUGGAGUAUAUAUUCUAAAUAAUGCUGGAAACUUGGAUAUAGUUCCGCUAGGACUAAUCUUAUUGUUUCAAGCUAGCACCGAACAAUCAACUUUUCUUGGAUUACUUUUUUAUCGACUAAAACAUUCUUGGUCGUCAGUAACGUUAUUUUUUGCCGCUGUUCAAGUUUUCAUUGUUAAAUUUGCUACACUUGUUUGGUGUUACACGUUUUGGGGAAAACACUUGUUGCCAAAUAAAGAAAGUAAUGCAAUAAUAACAGGAUUUAACGUGGUAUUUCCAAUCGGUGGAGUAAUACUCUUUGGAACACAGCUUUGGUCGACUUAUGUCGUAUUGAAAAUUGCAAUAAAAGCUCGUCAACUUGGCACAAAUAAAGCGCCUAACGUUGAUCUUAUCGACGAUCAUCUUGAAGCUAGUGAAAAUAAGUUGGAGAACGGUUCUAAUAGCAAUAAAACGUAG